AUGCAACGAUGGAGAAUUCACGUCACUGUGGCUAUCGCUGUAUUUCCACUCGCCGCACUUGUAGCCCAGGGAUUAGCAAUGUGUGCACAGGGGAUUGUGGAGUAUAUACAUGGAUUCGCUGCUAGUGCCGCAAAGAAUGGGACUCUACCAUCUCCGUUAAUUGCGGCAUUACUGCGAGUGCGGCAGAUUGAUGGAAAAUCUCUGACGAUGCUUGAUAUUCAACUGGUGGCGAUUCUGUUGUUUCUCUGUUAUGCAUCUAUGUUGCUGCUGCGGCAUCUGGUGGAUAUUUCACGUUUGUUGAAGAUAUCACGUAAACGUCUUUUCAUAAAGUAG